AUGUGCUGGACGGUCCCCCAUAAUACGCUUACUUGGGGACUUCUGACUCCAGCUGUUCCAAGAGUCUCCGCUAGUGGAACCCCGUCCAGUAGACUCCCUCUUUCGCUCAUCCCCUUCGUCAGCUGUUUUAUCGGGAUACUAUUCCCUAGGUUCCUAAACUUGGAAUGGAUGGCGGAGCGUAGGUGGCAAACAGUUAUAUGGAUACGGUGCUUUACCCGUAGACGCUUCUCCAGCUCUCGCAAUAAUUGUAUGGGAGUCGUCCUCGGAGGGACUUCCCGAAUGACCAUACCGGGGAAUUCAACCGUACUCCGUGCAGCUAUUGUUGUUGAUCCUGCAGAGCCUACUCAAAGGUUCAGGCCGGAUUGUAGGAAGUGGGCGAUACGUUUUUGUAUUUCUAUGAGAAGCUCUACGGCACCCACGAUUCCCAGUAGUAAGUCGUCGGCAUAUCGCACGUAA